AUGUUGGUGGUGGUGGUCGUGCACCUGGUGCUGCUACUGGUGAUGAUGCAGCUGCUGCUGGUGCUACUGCUGGUGCUGGUGGUGAUGCAGCUGCUGCUGGUGAUGAUGCAGCUGCUGCUGCUGGUGCUGCUGCUGGUGCUGGUGGUGAUGCAGCUGCUGCUGGUGCUGCUGCUGGUGCUGCUGCUGGUGCUGGUGGUGAUGCAGCUGCUGCUGGUGGUGAUGCAGCUGCUGCUGGUGCUGCUGCUGGUGCUGGUGGUGAUGCAGCUGCUGCUGGUGAUGGUGUUGAGAUCCUUCGAGGUGGUGGUGGUGUUGAGAUCCUUCGAGGUGGUGGAGAAUCCCUGA